UUUUUGAUGCCUAACUCAGCUCAAGCAUAUCGUAAAUAUUUAGAGGCUCGAAAGCUAUUUAAAGCAGAAGAAGCAAAAUAUCUGCUUGUUCUAUUUGAACUAUUGAAAUCUGUUUCUGAAGAAUCAGAUUAUAAAAAUGCUUUUGUAAUAUAUGAUAAAAUUAAAGAUGAAGAAAAUAUUGCAAAGGGUGUAAGCUUCAUUAUUGAAGCCGAACGUCUUGGUUUUUAUCCCGCAAAAAAAUGGAACCAAGAUUAUGGAAAAAAAAAUGAUUAUGGUGCAAGCGAGACAAAAAAACUAUUACCA